GGUGAUCGUUUAUAAGUUCCGCGUUCUGCGCGCGAUCGCGCGAGCAUCCACGAAGACUGGAAGAGGGUUCAUCUUCGAGCCUUCGUUUGCUCCUCCGUAAUCCUAUCUUCUUUGUCGGCGGGCCGUCCAACCGCCGCCGUCUCCUCGCUGUUGGCCGAUUGGCAACCAUAAAGUGCGUCCUGUUCUCCGUUGCCGUCGAUCGUGCGUGCGCGCGUUCCCGGAGAGCUAAAGUGCUAGCGCAAAAACAGUAAUCGAGUCCCGCAUCAAGAAUUGAACCAAAAUGGUGCUAGCGUCGAAGUGUAUGAUCCGUUGAUCGCUUGAACCACAAGGAAAGAAAAGGAAAAUCGCUUUAUAAGAGAAAAUGGACGAAUUUGCUGGUGAUGGUGUUGAUCUUUAUGAUGAUGUGAUUGCUGCUCCAGCUGGUGGUAACGGUGGUGUUUCUUCUGGUAACGCAGGCGACGGUGGUGGCGAUUCUACAUCUCCAAACGAAGAGACGAACGGGAACGCUCCCUAUCAUCAACUUGGAAAUAAUAUUCAACCAAAUCAAAUUGGCCGGAGACAUCAGCUAUACGUUGGAAAUUUGACUUGGUGGACUAGUGAUCAAGAUAUAACAGACGCGGUCCAAAGCAUUGGCGUGGGAGAUUUUGUUGAGGUGAAAUUCUUCGAGAAUCGCGCCAACGGUCAAUCCAAAGGAUUCUGCGUGAUAUCUUUAGGCUCUGAGCAGAGUAUGAGAAUGUGCAUGGAGAGACUACCGAAGAAAGAACUGCACGGUCAAAACCCUAUUGUUACUUAUCCUUCAAAGCAAGCUCUUAAUCAAUUCGAAUCACAGUGCAAAACACGGCCUGCGCCUGCUCCGCAACAAAGCCAGAGUCAGCGCCCUCAUAAUCCGCAUCAACAUCAACCACCUCUGCCGCCGCACCAGCAACAUCCACAACAUCCACAACAUCCUCAGCACUCACAGCAAAAUCACGGACCCAGAAUGAUGAUGGGACCACCGCAGGGUGUAAGACCACAAAGAAUGCCGCCGCCAGGAAUGGGUCCACCAGGACCUGGCGGACCGGGUCAACAAGGCCCGCCGCGUAUGCAUGGUCCGCCAAUGGGCCCAGGCCCAGGACCACAUCAUCCGUUGCCAGGUCAUCCUAAUCAAGGUCCGCCGCCUGGCUAUCAGCAAGGACCAUGGAAUGGUCCACGACCCAACGGUCCGCCUGGACCGCCACGAGGACCCAGUGGACCGGGAGGCCCGCCUCAGCAAGGUCCACCUGGUCCAGGACCAGGACAGCAUAGACCACCGGGAAUGCAAUUUCAUGGCGGUCCACCCGGACCACCUGGUCAAGGACCUCCACGCGGCCCGCCUGGACAUCCUGGUGGACCUCCAGGUGAUCCUAGAGGAACUCAACCACGCCCAGAAUGGAAUAGACCGCCAGGAAUGCAUCAUGGGCCUCAGGGACCACCCGGUUUCCCUCAACAUCAACAUUUGCAAGGGCCGCAGCCUGGCCAAGGCCCACCACAGAGAGGACCUCCUCCAGGUUCUAUGGGUGGUCCAGGAGGACCACCUCCGGGACAUGGAGGACCGCCACAGGGACCACCUCAAGGACCUCCAGGUGGACCGGCUCCUCAUGUGAAUCCUGCGUUCUUCCCGCAAGGACCGCCUCAUCAACAUCCAGGUCAACAUCCACCGGGUCCACCUGGUCCGCCGCAUGGUCCACCACAUGGGCCACCUCAUGGGCCUCCUCAUGGCCCUCCACACGGACCGCCGCACGGACAACCACAUGGACCGCCCCAUGUACCUCCACACGGCUAUGGUCCACCAAGUGCACAGACACCAUACGGCGCACCUGGUUCAGAUCAUCGACCGGAAGGUCCACCACCACUUACCGAGCAAGAAUUUGAAGAAAUAAUGGGGCGCAAUCGCACAGUUUCUUCAUCCGCUAUUGCGCGAGCGGUAUCCGACGCAGCGGCGGGAGAAUAUGCAAGUGCCAUUGAGACACUUGUCACUGCCAUCUCGCUAAUAAAACAGUCCAAAGUAGCUGCCGAUGACAGGUGCAAGAUUCUUAUUAGCGCCUUACAGGAUACUCUACGCGGUGUCGAGACAAAGAGUUAUGGUUCCGGUCGUAGAGAACGUUCGCGCUCGCGCGACCGAGAGCGCAGUCACAGACGACGACGCGAGCGGUCCAGAAGUCGGGACCGCGAAUAUCGCGAACGCAGCAGAGAUCGCGAUCGAGAACGCGAUCGUGAGCGCGAUCGCGAGAGGGAGCGAGAACGCGAUAGAGACCGGGAACGUUAUUACAGCGAACCCUAUCCGAGAGAACGAUCACGCAGCAGAGAUAGAGAACGUGAACGUGAAAGAGAUCGUGAAUAUAGAGAGCGAAGCAGAGAAGAAAGUACGUCACGUCAAUCAGCCAGGCCAAGAGUAAAAGAAGAACCGCCAGAGGCGGCACCCGUCUCAUCUUCCAAGACAUCUAGGUAUUACGACGAUCGCUAUAGAGAGCGUGAACGAGAACGAGAUCGAGAACGAGAAUCAAGCCGACGGCCAUCUGAGCGAGAACGGGAACCAGAACGGGAACGUGAGCGAGAACGUGAACGGGAUCGUCGGGACGAACGCGGGGACUCGUCGCAUCGUUCAAGACAUUAAAAGAAAACGAACACACAGAGAAACAAAUGAAGACAUCGCGAGUUGAUAAGAUGCAAAUGAAUCAAUUGAUGAAGCAAUAACUGCGACAGCACGACAAGAACUACUACUACUACUAUUACUACUACUACUACUACUACUACAGCAGCAGCAGCAGCAACAGUGCGUUUUGUCUCUUACUUAUCAAAGUAAAAGAUACAAAUGUUUUAUGACGUUAGUAAUGUUUGAACAUAGACAUGUAUUACAUUAUGUGACGUCCAAAGAUUUUUAAGCGACGCACGGCAAAGUCACAUCAAAUAUAUCGUAGGGUAAACGAUGUGGUCGGAGAGUAAUUUCAAAAGGUUUUGCUUAAACAAGUUGCUCUUGAAUAAGUUAGAGUAAUAAUACGAAAAUUAAAGUAGGAUAUCUUUGUUUUCUUUUCUUUUUUUUUUGAAAAUAAUUGAGCUUACAAUAAUGAGUAUGUAGAAAGAAAAACAAGAGUUUUUCUGUGAAAUCUUUUAAUUUAUCAGUCUUUUAUGUCUCACACAUAUGUAUUGAUAUGAUAUAUAUAAGUGGUACUAUAAUACGCGUAUAUACACACACACA